AUGUUAAAAGAACCGGAAAAGUUAUUUAAUUCCGUUGAUUCUGUUUCAAUUCCAGAAAAAUCUUUAGUAACACUUAUUCAAAACGAUAAACUUUCAAUGAGUGGAAUUAAAGUUUGGGAAUAUGUUCUGAAAUGGGGAAUCGCUCAAAAUCCGGAACUUUCUUCGGAUCCUUCCAGCUACUCAAAAGAUGACUUCAAAGUUUUGAAGAAUACAUUACAACAAUGCAUUCCAUUUAUAAGAUUCCACAAUUUAACGGCCAGGGAAUUUUUGAAUAAAGUUCUUCCAUACAAGAAAGCAUUGCCAAAAGAAUUAUAUGUAGAUUUAAAUAAAUGUUUUUUGGAUAAUGACUAUAGUCCAAGUGACGUGUCCAAACCUCACUUAACUAACGAAAUUAAAAGGAUUGGCUCAACUAAUAUUAAUUCAAAAAUUAUCACAGAAAAACAUGCUGAAUUAAUCUCAAAAUGGAUUAAUAGAGAAAAUGCAGAAAUUUAA